CAAAAAUGCCAAAGGCACCCGACUUCCCGGUUGGAAAUAAAGGCUAAGAGAGUUGCCAUCAUGACCUGGAGGAGGUGAUGGGGAAGCUACUGGUUCAACAGAGCCAGAUGGAGUGAAAGCUGCAUUGCUGCUGACUUUACUCAAUUGAAGGGUGAAGACUUAAUCAAAAAAGUUAAGUUGUUGCUCGCCAUUUCCUGGUAAAGUUCCAAACUGUUUCCAGAUCCUAAGUAUUUUUCUCUUCCUUUCUUUCUUUAUUUCUUUCUCAUGAUCAAAUAGUUAAGUUGUUGAGCCCCCAUAUCAUGAAUUGUCUGUACCUGAUAAGCGGCUGUCCAUAGAGACACGCAUCAACUUGUUGUGAACAGUUUUAUUUUUCUUUUUGGUUUAAGCUAAGCUCUUCAAACUAAAUUAUCGCCAAGCCAGAGACCAUGAUGAAAGAUGAUGAAUGCUGGUUAGAAACCACACAAGUGGAUAUACAACUUUCAUGUGCCAUAAAAAAGCUAGAGAAAGUGCUGGAUCUUGAGGAGGAAGUGCUUCUUCGCCCAACAGUCAGACGGAAAAUAGCUGAAAUUAAAAAAGAGGCUGAAAACCUCAGAAACUUGACAAGGCAUUCAAGGGAGUUAUUCGGCGGAUUCGACGAGUACUUUUAUGUUGGUGGAGAAGGUAAUAAUCCGUUUGACAUAUUCGAGAAAGAGGUUCUGAACCUUGCUUACCAGGUGGAAGAUGCCACAUCUUCCUUCCUUUGUAGAAGAGAAAUGAGAAAAAGGAGACAAAAGAGCCUGAUGAAGAAGAUGAUGGUGCUCUUCGACUUUUUUUCGGACCAACAUGAUAAUAUGUUCAAAGAGAUCAUGAAAGCCAAGAAUGAAUUCAUUUCCUCCAGCAACUUCGGAAGUUUCGAUAUUGACCACCCCAACAGCCUCUUCUCCGACGCAUACAUGCUGCCCCGGGAAGAUACUGAUUAUAGUAAGAAGUUUGGUAGAUCAAAUUUUGUUUGUUGUGAAGAAAAGCGAGGUGGAAAGAAUUCCCCAGGCUACCAUUCGUGCGGUUACUUAUCAAUCUUGGGGAAAGCAGGAUCUGGCAAAACAACUUUUGUCCGAGAAUUAUACAGAGCAGUUACCACUGAUCUGAAGGAGAAGUUUGAAAUCAGUGCUUGGGUUAGAGUGAGGCCAGAAUACGACAUCACUGAUAUCUACACUGCCAUAGUCCAUCAACAGGUACAUACUGAUAUGAGAGCAAGAGUACCCGAUGAGAUAGUCGACAAUCUGGGUUCCGAGAAAUGGUCUGAGAGCGUCAAAAAGUGGCUGGAAAAUAGCAAGUUCAUCAUAGUAUUGGACGAUGUCCAUUACAUCUGGUCGAAAAUCAAAUCCCACUUGAAAGAUCUGUUUCCAAUCAGAACAUCACAGCGGAGUACAGUAAUAAUGACCUCCUGUGAAGCACAAGCAUCGGAGUUUACAAGGGUUAUUAAGGUACUUAGUCCACUAGAUGGAGAAAAUAGCAGGGAAUUGUUCAAGAACACCUUGAAGAAGGCCAAGAUGAUGAUAACCCAGAUAGAUGAGCAGGCUGAAGAUGAUGCCUUAAACCAGAGAGAGACAGAGCGUCUCAAGGAAAUCAUCGGCGAAAUAGGUAGCCAUUUACCUCUGGGAAUCAUCACGCUGGCUCGUCUUUAUAUGACCCACAAGCAUGACAACCAGAAAUCAAGUUCUCCAUUGUCAUCAUUAAUAGACUGGGAUUUGAAGUAUCAAAUGCUGCCUCCAGGAAUAAGACAGUGUUAUCUUUAUAUGGGGAUCUUUCCAGAAAAUUUUGAGAUCCCCAUAAGAAGACUAUUCAGGCUAUGGAUAGCGGAGGGACUGCUGGCAGUACCUGAUUUGCAGUCUUCAGAGACUCCGUCUUUAGAAGAUUUGGCACUGAGUUAUCUAAUGGAACUUGAAAGCAAGCAAAUGAUAUCUGUAAAUUGGAAAAAUGGACGCCCCAAGACGUGCUGCAUGCUACUUGAUAAGCACAGAUUCUUCUCAAGAAAGGCCAUGGAUCUUGGAAUUUUCCAUGUCCAUAAAGGGUUGGAAAAGUCAAGUUCAGAGUUCAGGGUACGGCUUGCAGAACAUGCUGACAUCAAGCACUAUACCCCUUCAGCUGAUGAUUACAAGCUGCGUUCUUACAUAUCUCUCAACCGAAAGCGGGAUACACCAGCCCAACAUGUAGCUGGUUUUCUCAACAAUCUUGCUAAAAAUGGAUUUGGAUUGCUGAGAGUACUAGAUCUUGAAAAUGUUUAUAAACCACUGCUACCGGCAGAGACACUUGAAAAACUAUUCUUUCUAACAUACUUGGGCUUGAGAUGGACUUUCUUGGAUUCACUUCCUGAUUCAGUUGGUACCCUGCAAUACUUGGAGACUUUAGAUGUCAAACACACUAAUAUUACCAUUUUGCCUAGUACCAUUUGGAAGGCAAAGAAGCUUAAACAUCUCUAUAUGAACCAAGUUCACUUUGAUAUAUCCAUUAAGAAAGGCUUUACUAGUAGUUUAGCCAAUCUGCAGACAUUGUGGGGGCUGUCUAUAGGUAGCAGCAGAGAAGUGGUGAAAUCGUUGAGCAAGUUGAGAAGCCUCAGAAAAUUGGGUUUGACCUAUCAUUCUACAACAGCAGAGGAAAUAGCUAACUGGAUUUCCAAACUCGCCUAUCUUCAAUACCUGAGGUUGAGAUCCAUUGAUGAUGUAGCCGAACCUUCAAAACUCAAGUUGCCUGCGGAUAUGAGCAAGCUUGAAAAGCUCUCUGAAUUGUAUUUGGUGGGCGAUUUAUCAUCUACUAAUCUUCCUCAGUUUCCACCCAACUUGAAAAUCCUCACUCUGACAGGGUCUCAACUAAAGAAUGACUCGCUGCGAAUGCUUGGAAAGCUAUCCUGUCUUGAAACAUUGAGGUUUUAUGGACAAUCAUAUUCUUAUGAUCGAAUCAUCUUUCACAAGGAUGAAUUCUCAAACUUGGUUGUUUUGAAACUGUGGAAGCUGGUGCAACUGGAGACUUUGGAAAUGAAGGAAGGAGCGAUGUCCAAACUUCAAGAAUUAGAUGUCAGAUCCUGUCAUAAUCUGAAAUCAAUGAAAGGACUGGAGCAGGUUGGUGGCUUGCAAACAAUUACCUUAGCAGAUAUGCGUGACGAAUUUCUAGCAGUGGUUGAAAGUAAAGUGAGCAAAGAUCGUUUAGUUGUUACAGUACUGGAGCAGGUUGGUGGCUUGAAAACAAUAACCUUAACAAAUAUGCCUGGCGAAUUUGUAGAAACAGUUAAAAGGGAAGUGAACAAAGUUCGUGUAGCUGUUGAAGUACGAGAGCAGGUUGGUGGCUUGAAAAAAAUAACCUUAACAAUUGUGCCUGACGAUUUUGUAGAAACGGUUAAAAGGAAAGCGAACAAAGAUCGUGUAGCUGUUGAAGUACUGGAUCAGGUUGGUGGCUUGCCAACAAUAAGCUUAAAAAAUACGCCUGACUAUUUUGUAGAAACAGUUAAAAGUGAAGUGAACAGAGUUCGUGUAGCUGUUGAAGUACUAAAGCAGGUUGAUGGCUCGCAAACAAUAACCUUAAUAACUAUGCCAGACGAUUUUGUAGAAACAGUUAAACGCGAAGUGAAAAGUAAAGUGAACAGAGAUUGUUUAGUUGUUAAAGUACAGAAUUUGAAGUCAUCUCCUAUAUCUACAAACCAAAGCAAUAAUAACAUGAGAGGUCGUGGACGAGGAAGGAACAGUGGAGAAGGAAUUGUUUGCCAAUUCUGUGGACUGGGUUACACCGUCCGUGAUUGUUCGGAUAGGUUCAACAAAAAUUUUUCAGGAAAUAAAAAUCAAGAUAUCUCUUCCGCUGAUUAUUCCUCUCCAGAUGUUGUUGUCAAUCCUGAGUUGCCGCUAGACAGUGAUGCGACUGACCAUGUCACCGCAGAUCAGUCAAAUCUCCAGCAAAAGUCUAAAUAUGGAGGCAUGGACAAGCUUAUAAUUGGCAAUGAACAAGGUACAAGACAUUAAAGGGCCAAGCAUGAGUUGAAAAUGCGACAAACUGAGGAGAAAGCAAGAACAAAUGGCCAGAGCUUGGAGGGAAAAGUGCUUCAAUAUUAAGUGCGUGUUUUGUAAUUUCGGUUCGGGUUUGAGUUUCAAUAUAUAUAAUAUGUAUUCGAUGCAAGUGUAUAAUCUCUCCAACCUAUGUAAAAGGAGUCGAGCUGUGAUCCAUCGUUGUAUUGUUAUAUAUUUUCUAUUGUAUUA